GAUUACGGGAUGAAAAAUUAACUUGGCACUGUUGGGGGUGGGAAUGCGGACGGCUGCCCUGGAUGCCCGGUCUUCAGCCUCCGGUCACUUUCCUUCCCCAAAGCCAUUUUAGUCAAAGGUCAUGUGUGAGUCUUGUCAAAGGCCAGCUUCCAAUGGAAUCAUUGUCCCCCGGGACAGCGGCCCCCUGACUACAUCUGCAUUGGAGAAAUCCCAAAAGCAAACGGCCCAGUGCAAACAAGAGCAGCCCGAGGCAGCCGUCCCGGGGCAGAGCUCACAGCAGAGGCCGCGUCCGCAGCGCCCGGGCCGGAGCAGGCGCCCAGACGGCCGCAGCAAUGAGCCGCCGCGCCGAGCGGGUACGGUAAUAUCCCUGUUCACUUUUGCUGUUGGGGUCAAUAUCUGCUUAGGAUUCACAGCAAAUCGAAUUAAGAGGGCAGAAGGAUGGGAUGAAGGCCCUCCUACAGUGUUAUCAGACUCCCCCUGGACCAACACCUCUGGAUCUUGCAAGGGCAGAUGCUUUGAACUUCAAGAGGUUGGACCCCCUGAUUGUCGGUGUGACAACCUGUGUAAGAGCUACAGCAGCUGCUGCCAUGACUUUGAUGAGCUUUGUUUGAAGACAGCUGGCGGCUGGGAGUGUACUAAGGACAGAUGCGGAGAAGUAAGAAAUGAAGACAAUGCUUGUCACUGCUCAGAGGACUGCUUGGCCAAGGGAGACUGCUGUACUAAUUACCAAGUGGUUUGCAAAGGAGAGUCCCAUUGGGUAGAUGAUGACUGUGAGGAAAUAAAGGCCCCAGAAUGUCCUGCAGGGUUUGUCCGCCCUCCAUUAAUCAUCUUCUCUGUGGAUGGUUUCCGUGCAUCGUACAUGAAGAAAGGCAGCAAGGUCAUGCCUAACAUUGAAAAACUAAGGUCUUGUGGCACUCACUCUCCCUACAUGAGGCCCGUGUACCCGACAAAAACUUUCCCUAACUUAUACACUUUGGCCACUGGCCUAUAUCCAGAAUCACAUGGAAUUGUUGGCAAUUCAAUGUAUGAUCCUGUAUUUGAUGCCACUUUCCAUCUUCGAGGGCGAGAGAAAUUUAAUCAUAGGUGGUGGGGAGGUCAACCGCUAUGGAUUACAGCCACCAAGCAAGGGGUGAAAGCUGGGACCUUCUUCUGGUCUGUGAUGAUCCCUCAUGAGCGGAGGAUAUUAACCAUCCUGCAGUGGCUCACUCUGCCAGACAACGAAAGGCCUUCAGUCUAUGCCUUCUAUUCCGAACAACCUGAUUUCUCUGGACACAAAUAUGGCCCUUUUGGCCCUGAGAUGACAAAUCCUCUGAGGGAUAUUGACAAAACAGUGGGGCAAUUAAUGGAUGGACUGAAACAACUAAAGCUGCAUCGCUGUGUAAAUGUCAUCUUUGUUGGAGACCAUGGAAUGGAAGAUGUCACAUGUGAUAGAACCGAAUUCUUGAGCAAUUACCUAACUAAUGUGGAUGACAUUACUUUAGUGCCAGGAACUCUAGGAAGAAUUCGACCCAAAUUUAGCAAUAAUGCUAAAUAUGACCCUAAAGUCAUUAUUGCUAAUCUCACGUGUAAAAAACCAGAUCAGCACUUUAAGCCUUACAUGAAACAGCACCUUCCCAAACGUUUGCACUAUGCCAACAACAGAAGAAUUGAGGACAUCCAUUUACUGGUGGACCGAAGAUGGCACGUUGCAAGGAAACCUUUGGAUGUUUAUAAGAAACCAUCGGGAAAAUGUUUUUUCCAGGGAGACCAUGGAUUUGAUAACAAGGUCAACAGUAUGCAGACUGUUUUCGUAGGUUAUGGCCCAACAUUUAAGUACAAGACUAAAGUGCCUCCGUUUGAAAACAUUGAACUUUACAAUGUUAUGUGUGAUCUCCUGGGAUUGAAACCAGCUCCUAAUAAUGGGACUCAUGGAAGUUUGAACCAUCUCCUGCGUACUAACACUUUCAGACCAACCAUGCCAGAGGAAGUUACCAGACCCAAUUACCCGGGGAUUAUGUACCUUCAGUCUGACUUUGACCUGGGCUGUACCUGUGAUGAUAAGGUAGAGCCAAAGAACAAAUUGGAUGAACUCAACAAACGCCUUCAUAUAAAAGGGUCUACAGAAGAGAGACACCUCCUCUAUGGACGGCCUGCAGUGCUUUAUCGGACUAGAUAUGAUAUCUUGUAUCACACUGACUUUGAAAGCAGUUAUAGUGAAAUAUUCCUAAUGCCACUCUGGACAUCGUACACUGUUUCCAAACAGGCUGAGGUCUCUGGCAUCCCUGAACACCUGACCAAUUGCGUCCGGCCUGAUGUCCGUGUUUCUCCGAGUUUCAGUCAGAGCUGUUUGGCCUACAAAAAUGAUAAACAGAUGUCCUAUGGAUUCCUCUUUCCUCCUUAUCUGAGCUCUUUGCCAGAAACCAAAUAUGAUGCAUUCCUUGUAACCAAUAUGGUUCCAAUGUAUCCUGCUUUCAAACGAGUCUGGAAUUAUUUCCAAAGGGUUCUGGUGAAGAAAUAUGCUUCAGAAAGAAAUGGAGUUAAUGUGAUAAGUGGACCAAUUUUUGACUAUGACUACGACGGCUUACAUGACACACAAGACAAAAUCAAACAGUAUGUGGAAGGCAGUUCUAUUCCUGUUCCAACUCACUACUACAGUAUCAUCACCAGCUGCCUGGAUUUCACCCAGCCCGCCGACAAGUGUGACGGCCCCCUCUCUGUCUCCUCAUUCAUCCUUCCUCACAGACCAGACAAUGAUGAAAGCUGCAAUAGCUCAGAGGAUGAGUCCAAAUGGGUAGAAGAGCUUAUAAAGAUGCACACGGCUCGGGUGCGGGACAUUGAACAUCUUACCAGUCUGGAUUUCUUCCGCAAGACCAGCCGCAGCUAUCCAGAAAUUCUGACGCUAAAGACAUACCUGCAUACAUAUGAGAGCGAGAUUUAACCUUCUGAUCCUCUGCGGUGCAGUCUUAUCAACUGGUGUAUAUUUUUAUAUUAUUUUUGUAUUUAUUAAUUUGAAACCAGGACAUUAAAAAAAGUUAGUAUUUUAAUCCUGUACCAAAUCUGACAUAUUACGCCUGAAUGACUCCACUGUUUUCCCCUAACGCUCGAUAUAGGUAGUCUUGUGUUCUGAGUAGAGCUUGUAAUAAUUACUGCAGCUUGCAUUUUUAGUGGAAGCUUCUAAAUGGUGCUGCACAUUUGAUAUCUGCAUUGAGGAAAUAUCAAUUUUUCAAUGCUCAGUUGCCACAUUUAGUCCUGUACUGUAUUGAAAUACUGAUUUUGUAAAGUUGCAUUCACUUACUGUUAAUUAUGACAGACAUAUUUAAGCCUUAUAGACCAAUCUUAAAUAUAAUAAAUCACACAUUCAGUUUU